GUGAAGGUUGUGCUGCUCUGGCUUCAGCUCUGAGAUCAAACCCUGAACACCUGAGACAAUUGGAUCUGACUGGGAAUAAACUAAGAGAUUCAGGAGUCAUGCCACUGUCUGUUGUAAUACAGAAUCCUUUGUGUAAACUGGAGAUACUGUGGUUGAAUGAGUGUGCUCUCACAGAUGAAGAUUGUGCUGCUUUGGCUUCAGCUCUGAGAUCAAACCCUGAACACCUGAGACAACUGGAUCUGUCUGGGAAUAAACUAGUAGAUUCAAGCAUGAAGCUGAUCUCUGCUGUGUUGGCGAAUCCUCAUUGUAAAGUGGAAAAGCUGUGGUUGGUUGAAUGUUGCAUCACAGAUGAAGGUUGUGCUGCUCUGGCUUCAGCUUUAAGAUCAAACCCUGAACAUCUGAGACAACUGGAUCUGUCUGGGAAUAAACUAAGAGAUUCCAGCUUGAAGUGUCUUUCGACUGUACUGGUGAAUUACUGCUGUAAACUCGAAAAACUGUGGUUGGGUUAUUGUGGUUUCACAGAUGAAGGUUGUGCUGCUCUGAUUUCAGCUCUGAGAUCAAACCCUGAACACCUGAGAGAACUGGAUCUGUCUGGAAAUAAACUAGGAAAGUUUGAUUUGAGGCUUCUUGCUGCUUUACUGGCAAAUCCUCAGUGUAAAAUCGAGAUACUGUGGUUAAGAGAUUGUGAUCUAACAGGUGAAGGUUGUCCUUCUCUGACUUCGGCUGUGAGAUCAAACCCCUCACACCUGAGAGAACUGAACCUGUCUUGGAAUAUACUAUCAAAAUCUGAUGUGAAAUCUCUCUUGGAUCUGAAAGAUGAUCCACAUUGUAAACUGGAAAGACUAAAGUAUGAAUCGACUACCAGUAGCUAGUCUUUAGACAUCAGGUCCGUUUCCUGUGAAUCAGCCGAUGGUGAAUAAGGAACUGAUAAAGAGACACAUAGUCACACAAUCAGAAGACUCAAGACUUUGUUGGUCUGUUCUUUUGAAUUAAAAUUUUGGUGUGAACUAACCCUUUAAGUGACAAAAGUAAGAGUGCUUUCACACUAGCACUUUUGGUGCGCACCCGGAUUCGAUUGAUGUCAGAGUUCGGUUCAUUUGGAUGAUGAGAACGCUGUCUUCUGUACUCGGAUGCGCACCCGUGAACCGUACCCGAGUCCGCUUAAAAACGGUGGUCUGGGGUACGCUUCAUUUGAACUCUGGCUACUUAUGUGAACGCAAUCCUAAAUCGCGGAAUUGAACCGCUAUUAAUGACAUAUUAUUUGAUGAAAAUGUGUGUUUGUGUGUGUGUUUCACUCACUUUCCUGAUGAAUGUGACUGACGUGCUGCAAGCAGAGAACUGUACAUUUAAUUUCUGUUCGCCUUCAAUGUUCUUUAGAGCAUUUUCAGUACAUUUGUAAGACAGACGCAAGUGCCGUUAUGUACCGAAGCUUUAUAAACAAAACGAACAG